AUGGGUGGGUUGGUUUGUGGAAAAUGGGAGAGGAAAUGCCAUGUUAAGGCCGUCGGGCAUACCGGUUUGACCACCGGGCCACCGGAGGAAAUUGGAUCUCACCACUAUAAGGUCGUUGGCUUUGAUAGAUCAAUCGAAUCAAGAUUUUCACAAGAAGCACAACUGUGGCCGUUUUGGGUUCUUGAUGUGAUCGAAUUUUGCCGUUGCUACUUGCUAGUGGCCCUACCAACAAUCGUCUCGCAGCGCAGAUCUGAUCAGCUGUUUGAUAUUCAAGCUGCUAUCUGUGAUAUUAUCCUUUCAUCUUCAUCUAGUGAAGAUAAUAUGGUUUGA